GAAUGUUCACGAGCUCUGAGGCGCAAAUCUUUCUUGUUAAUUUGUCGUUUAUUAAUUUCAAACGCAUAUACAUGUACCGGAUGAUGACAUCAUGGCAACAACUUUAGUGAAUAUAUUACAACCAGCUUUAUCUUCGCCGUUCUUCUUAUUUUAGCCCUACAAUAAAUGCCUUCCGCCCUGGCUCUGAGAUGUGAAAUAGUGAAUAGACAAAAGCAGCUAGUUCAGUCGCUUUGUUGACAGCAGUUUGCAGGAAGAUUUUAGGUGUUGUCAUAGUUCAAGUUGAAGGUGUUUGUCUUUAUGAGGGAUCGAGAAUGAGUACUCCAGAUCUAAACGGUCCAAGUCCUGUUUUAAAUACUCCUUCAGACUCCAGAGAGCAACUUCAGGAUCUUUUGAAUGCUGUCAGGGAGUUUCAUGACACUGCAAUACAAGAUUUGCAGGCCAAAGUAAACAAACUGAAGAGGGAACGAUGUCUAGAUGCUCAGAGACUGAGUGAAUUCCACAGUAAAAACCAGCAGUUACGAGAACAACAGAAGAUUCUGGAGGAGAAGAUCAAACAGUUAGAGGACAGAGUGCAUUCGGGACCAUGUGAUCGCUGCACUUUGACAGAGAGACAUAUUAAGAAGACAAAUACUGAGUUUGAAGAAACUAAUAAGAAAAAUCUGUUUCACAUUUCUGAGCUUGAGGCAGACAGGAAGACUCUGAAAGAUGAAAACAGGAGGUUGAGUCUUGAGUUGGAGCGAUUCAGAAAGUCUGGUUCUUCACAGAGCAUGUCUACUGAAGUAGAGGAGGGAAUGAUCCCAGACUCUCCACUGAGGCCACUGUCUUUACCUGUCAUUAGCAAGAUGAAACGCAAGAAAGAACAAAACCAUGUUCGCUACACUGAGAAACCACUAUCAUUCUCACACCCCGAGCCCAGCAGAGGAGAGCCCUUAGAUUGCAAUGGCAGAAAUGUGUUGGUUGCUGAAACUUGUGAAAUGGAUGUGACACAUUUUCCAGAGGCUAAUCACAGGAAGCAUUUCAGGACUGUGGUUCCAGAGACGUGCCGUAUAGACGUCCCUCCAGAGCAGGACUCUGAGUGUGAUAAUGAUGAUGAAGAUGAUGAUAACAAGCUACACACUUCACUACAACAAACCAAACAACCAGAUGGUGAUGAUGACCGAACAGCUAAUACCACUGAAGUCAAUAAUGAGGACUCGCCGUGCAUUUUACGAAUUCAUGCUUUGGGUUCUCGAGAAAAGCAGCAACCCUCCACAGACAUCACCGCACACACACCCAUACACAACAGCUCACAUGUCCCAGUGACAGGGAAGAGAAAACAAACAGACUGCAGGAAAAGAGAACAGAAGAAUUCUGAUGUCAGUCUGGAGAACCCUGAUGAGACCGAAAUCAAGGGGCUGAUAUUUGCAUCAACUCCUGCUCACUGUCAUACAGGCACCAAACAUCUGAAAAUGACAGUUAGACAUAGUGAGACAGAAACAGUCCCAACACACCAGGAUUCAAAGAAAAGGAAAUGUUUGGAGGACGACCUGUACUCGCAACACAAGAGUUCUCAUCAGAACCAAAACAUCACACAAUUUCCUUACGAUCAAAGUUGGAGUGUCGAUCCAGGUGCUGAUCUGGCUCAGUAUGAUACAGAGAACACUCUUCAACCUGAGCCCGUUGCUGACUUGGAAACAAUGGACACAGACUGCACAUUUGUGAGCCACAGUCUCCUGCUGGGAGGCCAAAAGAAGACAGGACUGACUGGAAUAGGGCAGAGAGCAAACGAUAGUCUUGCUGACAUCUUCGAUAAAACAGCAUAUGGAGAAUACGAGUCAUGUCCUCAGGAUGUGAGCUCUGAUGACAAUCAAGAGAGUGUGUAUGAGGAAGAGAGAGAGGAAGAGGAGAUAAAAGAGGAAGAACAACAACAAGUAGUUGUGGAGUUCCGCCGGCCUGCAGACAAAGAACGUGUAAAGUGCAACGGUGAUGCUUCUAACAGGAACAGGUCUUUUGCUUGUGUAGACGUUGUACGAAAGAAAGAUGAAAGGAGAAAGCUGAAAGGCCACUAUUGCAAAGAGUGUGAAAUUUAUUAUGCAGACCUCCCAGAGGAAGAAAGACAGAAAAAACUGUCUUCCUGCUCACGGCAUCGUUACCGCUACAUUCCACCUUCCACUCCGGAAAACUUCUGGGAAGUGGGCUUCCCAUCAACACAGACCUGUGUGGAAAGAGGAUACAUCAAAGAGGAAGACCAGCCAGAUGUGCGGAUACGCAGGAGACGACCAUACCUCGCCAUGUUCUCACCAAAAGUCAAGUCACAAAAAGAGCAGCACUGAGUCGAUACAUUAUGAGUCGCUUUGACUUAAUGGUUAAAUGUUGAUUUUCUUUUAACUCCUACAAUACAAAGAUCUCAGAGUAGAUCAGAGGGGCAUUUAUUUUUUUAUUUUUUUUGUAUGUAUGUCAUGCAUACACAUACUAAUUGUCUGCACAGAUUUUAUUAGAAUGACCUCGAUUAAUAAACGA